AUGCCAGACGCAGACGCUUUAGCGACAUCUGCCGAUCCAACAAUCAAAAAGAAGAAAAAGGCCCCAAACUUUGAUGAACCUACAGCAUCAGCUACGUCUCAAGACAUUCCAUCCGCUGAUAUAAAACCAAAGAAGAAGAAGAAGAGCACUGCUACUGACGACACUCCAGCUGCUGAAGAUGCUACACCUACCGCCGUCGAUGAUGAGUUCGCGGGACUUAAGAAAAAGUCAAAGAAGCCUAAAGCGGAUGCAAUUACUGCUGCUGAUGGUGAAGCUGUUGCGAGUGAGGCUGCAGCGGCUGCUGAUGACUUUUCGGGUUUGAAGAAGAAAAAGAAAAAAGUCAAGGCCGAAGAAGGCACUGACGCCGCAGCAGCUCCAUCAGACGCCGUCCCAGCAGACGACUUUGACUUUGGAAAGAAAAAGAAGAAGAAACGUCCUGAUAUCAAGGACUUUGAAAAACAGGAAGAAGGUGCUGAUCAUGAAGAAGAUGGCGCUCAUGCUGCCGGUGAAGCAUCAGCUGCUGUAGAUGAAGAUGGAGGUGCUGAAGAAAUCCAAAUUGGUGAAGCUCCUGCCGAAGAAUCGAGUAUAUUAAAGGAUGUGGGCGAGACUUGGUUGGGUACUGAUAGGGAUUAUUCGUAUCCUGAGUUACUAUCACGAGUCUUCCGAAUCAUCCGACAAAACAAUCCUGAAUUGGCUGGUGAGAAGAAACGAUAUACUAUUGCUCCACCUCAAGUUGCAAGAGAAGGAACGAAAAAGACUGUGUUUGCGAACGUCGCUGAUAUUGCUAGGAGGAUGCGUCGAACUCCUGAUCACCUUGUACAAUAUCUAUUUGCUGAAUUGGGUACAACUGGAUCUGUCGAUGGUCAAGAACGAUUGGUCAUUAAGGGCAAAUUCGUUCAAAAGCAGAUUGAAACUGUCUUGAAGAGAUAUAUUGUCGAAUACGUAACAUGCAGGAAUUGCAAGUCAGCCGACACGAAUCUAAGUAAAGACAACCGUCUCUUCUUUUUGAACUGUCAAUCAUGUGGUUCUAGUCGAUCUGUAUCUGCCAUCAAGACUGGUUUUGUUGCUCAAACUGGAAAGAGAGCUGCUCAAAGAGCUGCUACGCAACCUUAG